AUGGAACCAAGAAAAACGAAGAAAGGUAGAAGGUGGCGAAACCUACCGGAGGAAGCGGCGGCAGACAAGAUGAACUCACAGGUACCUCAGCUCCUCUUCCUCGCUUCUUCUUUUCUUAUUUUCUUUUUCGCUUCUCCUACUUUCCCAACUUCUGAUUCCUCUACGUUUUCUAAAUUUCAGCGUGCUUGCGGUUCUGAAGUUGUUGCAUUCAAUUGCAUGCGCGUUCUUGAUAUGAGGCUGAAGCGCAUUUGCUUUGUUGAUGUUGAACGUAGAGAGAUGAUGAUGAAGAUGAAGACACAAUGGUGCUUGAAGAAUUGGCUUGGGGAGAGUGGGGAUUGGUGA